ACUUAUUUUUCGUAUCGGUAGAUGGCGCUACGAAACCAUCGCCUUCAUGGUAAACAUACCGAACGACCUUCUUUACAUUUGAUGACGAGGGUGUUUUGUCACAACAGCGAAAAGGGCGAGCACAACAAGGGAAGCUGUAAGUUACAUACUUGCAUAUCUUUAAAUCAAUUGUAAUUAUAUUGAAAUAAUGUCGGGAUACCCAGGAGCUCCUCCCCCACCUGGAGGUUACCCACACCAACCACCACCUCCAGGUUCUUACCCAACUGCCCCACCUAUGGGUCAACCAGGCUACCCCGGUGCCCCACAUGCACCUGCUUACCCCGGAGCCCCUAUACCCCCACCAGGAGUUGGCCAGCCCCAUGUACCAUACCCAGGACAAGGUUACCCACCACAAGGGAUGUACCAGCCCCCGCCACAUGGGGUUCAUCCCCCUCCCGCAAUGCACCAUGGCCCCCCUGGACACCAUGGCCACCCACCUCAUGGUGCAUAUCCUGCUGGUAUGAUGGUGGCGGGUGCACACAUAAAGCAAGGCAAGCAUGGAAAGCAUCAUAAACACCACAAACAUGGGAAACAUAGCAGCUCAAGCAGUAGCAGCAGCAGUUCUUCAUCAAGCAGUGAUGAUGAAUAUAGACAUCUUCCUAAGCAUGAACGCAAAAAAAUGAAAAAAAUGAAGAAAGCAAUGAAGCAUGGCCAUGGACACAAGAUGUAUUAUUAGAUCAAAAUUAAGAUCAAGAAAGAUUUAAAG